AUGUCGGAUCGCUUUGCACGCUUCAAAACUGAUCCACGCUUUCGCCGACCCAAAAAGCAAACGAGCAAAGUCCAGAUUGAUGCACGGUUUCGGGAUGUAAUCGAUUCAAAACCUGUAAAAGGAGCAUCCAGAGUGGACAAGUAUGGGCGAAAACUGGCCACAACGCAUGAAAAGGACCAGCUGCGCAAGUUUUAUAGCCUUGAUGACGAGGAAGAGGAUGAGAAAGAGAAAAGAGUCGACUAUGCCCGUGGAGAAGGUCUCUUGGAGAGUUCAUCCUCUUCCUCGAGCGACGAAGAAGAAGAAGACGAAGGCGACGUAGUGAUUGGUGGUGCUGUCACCAAACCGAUACAUUUACUGGACGAAGAGUCGGACGAACAAGAGCCAGAGAUUGAUCUCGACGAGUCGCAGUUUGCAGAGCUCGAUGCGGAGGCGGAGAAAAAUGUGGCAGCGGAUGCAGCGGCUACCGGCGAAGCAGUCAAGCCCACCAAACGAAUCGCUGCUGUAAAUCUGGACUGGGACCACGUCAAGGCGUCCCACUUAUUCCGCAUUUUUUCAUCUGCCCUGAUUUCCCUCAACGCCAAUGCCACAACCUCCAGUCUGAAAAGUGGUCGACUCUUAAACGUUUCCAUCUAUCCUAGCGAGUUUGGCAAGAAGAAAAUGGCAGAAGAGGACAAGUCCGGUCCGCCACCCGAGCUGUUCCAACCGCCGGCAGACGGCAAGAAGAGACGAAAACAGGAUGAAGGAAACAAACAUACCAAAGUUGUCAAAAGGCGUGAUGAUGGUGAAGAGUACGAUCAAAAUGCUCUGAGGACGUAUCAAUUGGAGCGACUUCGUUACUAUUAUGCAAUUGCAACAUUCACCGACGUGGCUGCGGCAUCCCAUGUCUACACUGAGCUUGAAGGCACAGAGCUCGAACGCUCUGCCAAUUUGUUCGACCUCAGCUACGUCCCAGACUCUAUGGCCUUUGAAGAUCCGCCACGAGAUGAAGCAACGGAGGAAUCCCUCACUGCAUCAUACCAACCCCUCAACUUUACCACCGAUGCUCUACGACAUUCCAAUGUCAAGCUUACAUGGGAUGAUGAUGAUCCUGAACGAACUCGAGUUACCCGCCGAGCCCUCAGCAAGAAGGAGAUUGAUGAAAUGGACUUUCAAGCACUCAUCGCUUCUUCUUCCUCGAGCGACGAUGAAGCAUCCGCUCCUAAUGGGAAAAGUAGUAAGAAGGCGGCAUCCAAGGAAGAAGCGCAGAGGAUACGCACACUCCUACUCAGCGGUAACGAUGAAAAUCUACCGGAGGGAUGGGGCGGACAGAGCAUCGAAAAGGAAGGAGAGAGCGGCGCCAUGGAAAUCACCUUUACUCCUGGCUUGAGUGGAACCCUCGGCUCCAGUGCGAAUGCCGUCACGGAAGAGACGACUUUGGAGCGAUACCAAAGAAAAGAAAAGGAAAAGAAAAAAGCGAAAAAAGCGAAACGAAAGGAGAAACUUGCAGCUGCGGCGGCAGAUGCCACAAGCGAAGAGGAUAUCGCAAAGAAGGGGAGCAGGUCGCGUAAACUGGAAGGAGAUGCAUUCUUUGCCAACUCGUCAGAGGAUGAACCGGACGCCGAGGAGGGUGCUCAUAGCCGCAAGCAAAGAUCGACAGCCAAGCCAGCGACAGAUGCAGAGCUCUCCUUGCUCAUGGAUGACGACGAAGGAUUACUUCCUUCAGGGAGAAAACACUUUGAUAUGAACGACAUCAUACGAGCGGAGAAGAGAAGCGACAAGGGUCAUAAAAGCAAAUCCACGAAGCGAAAGAGACGCGAGGGUGAGCACGAGGAAGACAAAUUUGAGAUGGAUGUGCAAGAUCCUCGAUUCCGAGCGGUUUUAGAUGAUCAUCGAUUUGCGAUAGACCCUGCAAAUCCUCAGUAUGCGUUACGUUCUACUCAUUCGUGA